AUGGACGAAAUUGCCUUGACAUUUUGGGGCCGGCCCAUCGAGUCGAUUCGGUCAGACAGACGCCCGUCCCAGUUACCGUGUUUGCGAACUGUUCAAUCACAAUAUUACGACUGUCUCGUCGGCGAUGAUGAUAGCUCUUCAGCGCUCGGCUGGGAUAAUGUCGAUGUCUCCGGUGAAUGUAUCGGCGACGCCUGCCGCGAUCAAGACACAUAUCGGAUUCUGGAGGAGGCCACGCACCGAAUGGGCGACGGUUCUUCUCAAGCGGGAGAUGCGGCCUCUCCCGGGGACGAUCCCGUCGAGGCGUUUGGCAACGUGACUCUGAGUUUUCCAGAGAGUUUCUUUGCCAAUCCCUUUGCCGUUUCCUUCCCGGGAGACAUCCCAUGCCCUGGAGCACCCGCGAGCCAAUUCAUCCCCGAAUGCACCUCAGAGCCCGCUCCGAACUCGGGCAAUUCUGGCACAGAGGCCUCUCCAAUGACACCCGAUACCGGUCUCUGUACGAUAUCGGACUUCAGCAACUCCAUCAAAUCGCCAAAGUCGACUCUCUGCACUCCAUUGAACUCAGGUGAAACUACUCGUCCUGUGUCCAAAGGCCCGCUGGGUCCCAAGACGAAAUACGGACCACAAAUCCAUUUCGUCGAUAUGGCCGAUAAGAAGGGUGCUCAACGGAUCCGUAACACGAUGAACUCUCGAAAGCAUCGUCAGAACAAGCUUGACAAGAUAAGAGAGCUAGAGAAGAAGUUGGCGACGAUCGAAGCAGAGAGGGAGAGAUGGCAGGGGCGAGCGACGGAGAUGGGGUGGAAACCAUCUCAGUAG